AUGUCGACACUACAAGUAUCAAGACGAUACCGCUCGUCGACCUCCGCCUCCUCUGGCGCCGUCACCUCCAAAGCUACUGAGAUCCUGCGUAGCCUGCUCGACGGCCUGGCCAACGGACUCCGGCAACGACGCCCAAAUGAUGGCUACCCCGAGUUUCCUGUUUUGCUUAAGAGCUUGCGUCAGAUACGCCAGCACAUUGCCGCAACCGAACCGCCCAGUCCACCUCAAGAUGACUUUCGACAUUUACGCGGCUUCACCCAGCUCCUUGAUGUCUUGCGCUCCUUCUCCGGAUUCUACAACCCACAAUUAAGAUCAAAGGAAGAGAAGGAAGGCCUGUUCGGGCUUCUGGAGGCUGUGCUCGACGUCUUCGCCGCGGCAUUCCUAGACCACCCCGGGAACAAACGCUAUUUCCGCCACAGAGUCGAAGGCGGUGGAUGGGAAGCCCUCGAGCAGACUAUCGCCAGUGUGGGACUCGGAGGGAGCGAUUCAGAUCUCUGGACCAACUGUCAGAUGUUUGGCAAGCUGCUAGCCUUCUCUUUGGGCGAUAAGAAGGUUGACACUUUGUGCCAAUCGAUCGCAUCAAGUCCGAAGCCAGAGGAGGACGCGAAGAUGGAGCCAGAGAAGAACACCGGAGACAACAAUGCGAAGAUAAGAGAUAUUGCCCAGGAGGUACGCGACAUCGUUCAGAAGAAGGCCAUCUUCAAGAAUCCUGAAAUCUUGCGCGCUGUUGUGGGAUUUUGGGAGUCAAUACCAAGGGCGGAAGACCUGCCGGCCAACCCCUGUUCUUUGGUCGUCCUCGACAUCAUGUCUAGUGUGGUCUCAAUUUCUCUUUUCAACCUUUCUUCGCUUCAUGCCACUGGUGUCCUCUCUCGCUUCCUCCGAGUGGUCUUUGGGCCUGCCUCGCGGCUUGACCAGACCGAGAAACAAAAGCUACUUAUUCUUUGCAAGAAACUUAUGUAUCUGGGAGUCAAUCAACCCUCAGACACACAGUUCUUGUUGGCAAACCCUUCGCCAGAGGCAUCAGAAUUCUGCUUAGAAAUGGCCUCGACUUACACGGGCCCUCCUUUCUUCCAGUUCGACCUCUCUCUCCACGGCCAUUCAUCUAUUGAGCUGCCAACUCUAGGCCGGUCCUUCCCGCCGAACUCCUCCCCAGGAUAUACCUUCACAGCAUGGAUCCGUAUAGACCGGUAUGAUCCUGCGGCCCAUACUACCAUAUUUGGAGUCUUCGAUGCGACUCAGACAUGCUUCCUCCUCAUGUAUCUUGAGAGGGAUACCCAUAACUUUAUUUUGCAGACAUCUGUCACGUCCAGUCGACCCAGUGUUAGGUUUAAGGGUAUGGUCUUUAAGGAAAAACAAUGGUACCAUUUUGCCCUUGUGCAUCGACGACCAAAGACAAUGACUGCCAGUAAGGCGUCGUUGUAUGUUAAUGGCGAGUUUGUUGAGCAAAUCAAGUGUGCCUACCCUUCUGCACCACCUUUCACGAACGGCAGCACAGAGAGUUUUGCUUCAUUUGCCUCUACCAAUGCAAAGCCACAUCCCGUUCAGUCAUUCUUGGGCACGCCAAGAGAUUUGUCAAGCCAGCUUGGCGCAGGGUUGGUGUUCUCCAAAUGGUCCCUUGCAUCAGCACAUCUCUUUGAGGACGUACUCAGCGACGAUUUCCUGGCUGUUCACUAUGGUCUAUCGCCGAAGUACCAGGGCAACUUUCAAGACAGUCUGGGUGGCUUUCAAACAUAUGAAGCUUCUGCCUCCCUGGGCUUAAGGAACGAAGUCUUCCACCCGGGACGGGAUGAGAGUUCUGACAUCAUCAGAGCCAUUCGAGACAAGGCAGGCAGCCUGUUGCCAGAGAGCAAAAUCCUGCUCAGCAUCCUUCCGGCGGGUGUUUUUCGUGAGGAUGGUGUUUACCAAGAUACUCAGCUGUACCGCGCUUUGCCUCGGAAUGCGGCAACAAACCUGAUUCAAAUGACACACAGAAGCGGUUCAGCUAUUGCAGUUAACGCUGCUUUGCCUUGUCUCCUUGAUGCCCUUGCACGGUCCCAUGGGAUUGCUGUCAUGACUGGAAACCCUGUGGCGGUUAUGCCCUCCUAUUUUGACGAUAACUUCUGGCGUCUUGCAGGCUUCACUCCCCUAGCUCUCAAGAUUGUUGAACGUGCGGCUACUGUUGAAGAAACCGUGCGUGCUGUUGAGAUGACGUUCCUCUGCAUCAGAAAAAGCUGGAGGAAUAGCGAGGCCAUGGAACGCGACAAUGGCUAUGCCAUCCUUGGCAUGCUCCUCAGGGCCAAGUUAGGCUACACUGUCAACCUUGGUGCUGAUAACUCCAACCUAAGGCUUCCCAUUACCAGUGAAGAGCGAGACAAGUUGAGCUUUCAACUCUUGAGUCUUGUCCUUGACUUUAUAGGAUACAAGCAUGCCGAACCUUUGGAAUCCUUUAUCGUGAACCCCCUGGCCUACCGCAUAUUGCUGAUUGACUUCGACACCUGGCGGCGGUCGGCUCCCAUCACUCAAGAGCUAUACUACAAACAGUUUGUGACGUUUUCUGUCAAGAGCAAGUAUCACCAAUUCAAUAGCAGGCGAUUGAUGCGCAUGAGAAUUGUUAAACGACUGCUUGAUGCCAUGAAAGCAGAGUCCAUCUCGGAAGAUGUUCUGCCUCACUUCAUGAGUGCCCUCGAGCACCUUGUAAAGUGUAACUACACUGCGGAAGUGCAUCGAGCGCUCGCUUUGUUUAUUACCUAUGCCUACCACUCACCUGCCGCCUCCCUCGUCCGGACCCCGCGACCCGUGUCUACGAUCACUCGGUCGCCUACCCCGGGCUUUGCAAGAAGAGCAACGUUCGACUCCAAUACUUCCUCGAGCACGUCAUCCUAUCGAUUCCUUACAAAGAAGCAACUCGGUGCUAAGAUUUUGAGCAUGUACACAACUCUACUCUGUGAAAAGGGAAACCGAAACAACAUUAGCAAGUUUGCAAGAACAGUGACUAACAAGGUGAGACCACCAUCUGACGCAACCCAAUUAUCGUUAUUGAGUAUGGACCAGUGGUUGCUGUAUCUUCUGGCGAGCGAUGACCCCGAGACGGUGAUAAACGGCAGCAAAAUUCUGGCUAGGCUAUUGAUCACGCAUGGCUCCUCAUACACGGCGAAAUUUUCCGGUAAGACAGGAGGAUUUACAAUCAUGGCUCAUCGCCUGAAGCGCUGGUGGUAUCUCCCCUCGUUAUGGCCCAUUUGCUUCUGCAUCUUCUUUGGUUCUGAUGUGGCUGAGAUCGAUUUGGAACGGACUUUUGAAUUUUCUAGCCUGCUUGAGACGUUUGGCAAGUCUCGAAUCAUUUAUCCGGAGAGUCUUCUGGUCAUAACUUCCAUGCUGCAGCAUGGUUUGAAGGACGUCAUGAAGAACCAGGAGGAUCCAAACUCGCCACAGAAGCCGCAGAGCCUGCAAGCGAGUGGCUUCGAAGGCCUGGAAACGCGGCCAAGGGCUAAGUCAAUGGAAACCAGAGGCUUCGACACAAAAGAAAACUCUCAGCGCGAUGGUGAGAAAAUAUCGAGUAACGCCCCCAUGCUUCAUACCGUCAUUCGAUUUUUGGCAGACCUCCACUCUCGAUCUGCAGAGUUCCGAGAUUUUGCCCUCACAUCUGAAUAUGUGAGAUAUCUUCUUUGGGCAGCUUACCCUAUCAUCGUUAGCACCGAUGCUGUGACUCCCGAAACAGAACUGAGCUCCCGCGACUCGGCUUUGACGUUUGAGGGCGGCGAUGUCAUGAUCCGGUCCCUGGCUGGCUCCCACCCAGGCCCAAUUGUUCGUACAACUAGCACAGAUGCAGUCGCCACGCUCGCGGGAAAUCCUCGUGGCACUCCUCUACGAAAGGCUUCUGGUUUCGUUCUCCUUACCAACCAGAAAUCCCCACAAGCUCCUAGCUCUGCUCGAUUCGCUCCGGUCAUGUCACCAAAGAAGAAGAUCGCCUCGCAACAGUCAAGCAGUGCUACGCUUGACAGCCUUCUGGAGCUAGUUAUCGGUGUCUUUAUUGAUCAGGUCUUUACUCGGAAAGAAUUCCCUGGUUUCGGUCUGUUCUUGAAAGUCCCUCCAGGCUUUCAAGAACAUCAAGCAUAUUUUGAGUCCUUCGUCCUCAAAACCACGCUUCAGCACCUCGGGAACCACAUCCAACCUAAUCAGAAGGUUUUGUGCGAGCCAAAAGUCCUCACCAACAUGGGUAGACUCACUGCGCACGUCACAGAGUCGAUCUUUGAAGGUUGGUUCAUCAACGGCACGGAACCUAUGCUAGAGUUUGCUGGCAUGGUUCUGGAAUAUCUCCAACGACCUGAUGUUGCUAGCCUGAAAAGCGUUCGUCUCUGCAGUCAAGCUGUGACGACAAUGCGCCAGUGCUUCCUUAAGCUCCUCCUGCUCCGCUUCUCUGAGCUUGAUGACCCUGAGACGCCCGAUUCUAGCGCCAAAGAUUUCUUGAGCAAGAUUCUCUACUGGCAAGCUCCCAUUCUGGGAUGUCUGUCGAGCGAGGAGGAGUACAUGAAAUACUUCUGGUAUCAGCUCUAUACCAAGCUUGUCGAUUCUAGAACAUCUAUCCGGUCUGCUGCGGCGACUAUCAUGCGGAUUAUGCUGGUACAAAAGCCAGAUGAAUCUAAGGUCCUUUUCCGACAAUGUGGGCAAACGGACCAACAGCACCUUACGAGAGACUUUGUCAUCAAGCUGACCGAACUUGAUGACGAUACCUUUAUCGAAUGGGUUGACAAACACCGAGCUUCUCUGGAUUCAUUCUUCUUUGGGGGCAUCUCAAAAGCAUGGGAGGAGUUUGUCGCCGUAGAAAACCAGCGGACCGUUGACUCGGCUAAGUUCCGUUUGGCAAAACGCAAAGACCGGUUGAAGGCGUGGCAAACGGAGUCUCUCACUAUGGACAACGUCCUCUUACGGCACGACAUGGCGAAUGGAGCCUGGAUGAAGAGCAUCUUCAACAGUGAACACUUCAAGCAUCAGCGGCUCACGCAAGAUCAGCAGGAUGACAUGGCAUACCUUGCUGCAGCAUUCCUCAAGAUGGACCUCGACCUCCGCCGACCUGGGGCCGUCUUUGCUGAGCAAACACAAUUGAAAUGGAAACUGGAUCGAACAGAAGGCCGUAACCGUAUGCGUCUGAGACUUCUACCAGAUUAUUCCAAGAAGCAUGUAGAAUACCAGCCUAAACGGAGGGCAGGAGACGCACCGGUGACUCCCUCGUCACUAAAGGUCAACACGAACAUGGCCCCAGCCCAGAUCUCACCCUCACCUAUAAAGUCAGCCACUCCAGCCUCCUCCCACUUAAACCUUGGCCUUGAUGGUGGCAAGGAUAAUACCGGGCCGCCUCCAGAUACGGAACAAGAGGAAGAGGCCAACGAAUCUGGCGUGGGUGCCGAGGAAGACUUUGAGCUCGUAGAUGACCCCAACGACGCCAAUGAAGGUGAUGAUGGGUUCGAGGACAAGAAUCGUAAAGUCAUGAGACGACUUGAACAAGGGGAUCAAGUCCAGGCGGUUUACAACAUAUCGCGAAUUGUUGGUCUGGAGGCGUGCGAAGGCAUUCUCAUCAUUGGGAAGGAGGCCCUCUAUAUUAUGGACAAUGUUUUCCAAUGCGCUUCGGGAGAAAUUGUUAACGCCUGGCAAGCUCCGCCGGAAGAACGGGACCCAUUCUCGGAGAUUAUUACAGAUGCCAAAACGACGGAGCAGCGCCAGAGUUCCAGCCGCAGCGAGCAAGAAUCGCGAAGUUGGAGAUGGUAUGAUGUGAUCAGUAUCUCAAAGCGAAGAUUCUUGUUCCGUGAUGUUGCCGUCGAGGUCUUCUUCACAGAUGGUCGCAGCUACUUACUGACAUCCAUAAACCCGACGAUCAGAGACGAGGUGUUUGGCAAGUUGAUGAGCAAGGCACCGCACACCAAUGCCGCCAGCUCUCUGCCCAAUCCAGAGGAUGCAUGGCGUCUCGAGGCACUCAAGGUAUCUGAAGAACAGCCGCAGGGUUUUGGCUCCAAGUUUGGAAGCAUUUUCAACUCAUCGCCAUGGAACCCUGCGAUGAGGAGGUGGCAGAAGGGGGAGAUGUCCAAUUUCCACUAUCUCAUGCUAGUCAACACGAUGGCAGGCCGCACAUUCAACGACCUUACCCAGUAUCCCGUCUUUCCUUGGGUAUUGGCAGACUACACCAGCGAGGAGCUUAAUCUGAGCGAUCCGGCAACCUUUCGAGAUCUCUCUAAGCCAAUGGGUGCCCAGACACAUGGCCGUGUCUCAGGCUUCAGAGAGUCUUACAACGCUUUGGCCGAGAUUGGCGAGACACCCUUCCACUACGGCACGCAUUACUCGUCCGCCAUGAUUGUGUCAUCGUACCUCAUCCGUCUGCCGCCCUUUGUCCAAUCCUAUAUACUCCUCCAGGGCGGUUCUUUUGACCAUGCAGACCGUCUCUUCCAGUCUAUCCCUCACGCCUGGCAGUCCGCAUCUUGCGAUAAUAAGGCGGAUGUGAGGGAGUUGAUCCCAGAAUUCUUUUGUUUGCCAGAAUUCUUGACCAACAUCAACCAGUAUAACUUUGGCCAUCGGGAAAGCACCGGAACCAAGGUUAAUAACGUCGUUCUUCCUCCUUGGGCUAAGGGCGACCCUAAGAUCUUCAUUGCAAAGCAUCGUGAGGCCCUUGAGAGCCCUUAUGUCAGCCAGCAUCUGCAUAGCUGGAUCGACUUGAUCUUCGGAUACAAGCAAAGAGGCGAUGCUGCAGUUGACAAUCUGAACGUCUUUCAUCACCUGUCGUACCGUGGAGCGACGGAUCUCGACAACAUCAGUGACCCCCAGGAGAGAAGGAUCACUGCUGGCGUCAUCCACAACUUUGGUCAGACGCCUCAUCAGGUGUUUACUCGGCCUCAUCCUGGUCGUGAGCAUGCAUCCUGCCCAAUUCGGCGCCUGGAUACCUCGGUCUAUGCCCUGACUAGGUUGUCUCAUCCCCUACUCGAAUCCCACGAAAGAGUUGCAUCCCUCAUUUACUCUCCCAAGAUUGAUCGACUUAUUUGUGCCUCGCCUUUCCGCCUGAACGUGGCGCCAUACGACAAGUUCCUCGAAUGGGGUUACGCUGACAAUAGCAUUCGAUUCUUCUUCAGCGACAACAGGAAGGUAAGGAAGCCCGAUACUUUACCUAGUGGGGGCGCGACUAAGGAUCAUAAGCCGGCGGGACUCUUUGAGAAUCUUCACAUAGGACAACUGUCUUGCGCCACUUUUGCCGACUCCAAGACGCUUAUUACCGCUGGAGAGGACUGCGUCAUUUCCGUCUUUGCAGUGCAGACUUCCCCAGGGAAGGUUGUGGACUUGCUUCCUCGGUCAUCCCUCUUCGGCCAUCGGGCUCCGGUAACGACAAUUGCGGUCUCCAAAUCAUUCAGCACAUUCGUCUCCGUGUCAACCGAUGGACAAGCCUUCCUUUGGGACCUCAACCGCCUGGAAUUCAUCCGUAAGCUUCCCUUGUCGCGAGCUGUUGAGUGCGCCCGCAUCAACGAUGUCUCCGGAGAGAUUAUGUUGGGGUCGGGGCCCAACGUAGUACUUUACAACAUCAACGGUACUGUUAUCCUUGACCAGAACGUCUGCGGUGAGCCAGACGAUUACGUCCAUGCCUGUGCUUUUUACGAAGGUGCAGGAAACGAGUGGCUUGAAAACUCUCUUGUUUUCACCGGUCAUAAGAGGGGCCGUGUGAACGUCUGGAAGAAGUGUGUGAAGAAUGGCAAGUGGGUGCUUGAGCUUCUUCGGCGACUGGAUCAUGUGGAUCCUCGAUCUGAAGUGGGCGCCAAUUACGACGCUGGCAUUACAUGCAUCGCGCCAAUGCCGCAAUGUGUAUAUACUGGCGACGACGAUGGGCGAGUGUACGAAUGGAACCUCGUCCAGAGAGACAGAUGA